AAGGUGGAAGGCGGAGUUCCUGUGCUUCUGGGAAGAGACCAAAGGAAUGAGUAAUUUGAAAUAUUGUAAUACAGACCCUUCUCCCAAACCUCUUGCCCCUAACCCCCUGCAGAGAGGCGAAGGGGACUGGAGACACAGAGACGGAGCCCGGGUGGAGGGAAGAGUCACAUUUCGGAGGGGGAAGUGAAAUAAAGAGGAGGGCGGCAACCGGGGGGACCUGUGCGUCAUUGAGGGACCCGAAGAGGAGAAGAGCAGGGUGAGGAAAGCCGGAAAAGGAGAAGUGUGAGAAAGUAGACAGAGAGGCCGGGUACGGAACGGGAGGGCGGGGGGCGCUGGAAAAGGGGCCGAAGCAGCGGAGCCUGCUGCCUCCACCUCGCAGACCUGGUGGCCCGGGCUCCGGGUGGUUGCCCCCUGCCCUCCACCCCAAAGCCCUAUCUGCCAGCACCUUCAGUCCGGCCGGACGGCGGAGCGCGCUCGUUUGCUUUGCGCCGGCUGCCGCAGCUGGAGCAGCGGGGCCAUCCGAGCCCCGGGCGCAGCGGAAUGUGGUCCCGCGGCUGGGCGUGGGUGCUGGUGCUCCUGGCCCUCAGAGGGGACUGGUUCGCCCAAGCCACCCCGCAUCUGCGGCAGACCAGCCGGCCCGGUGUCCGGAACAAGAACUGGUGCGCCUACAUAGUGAACAAGAAUGUGAGCUGCUCUGUACUGGAGGGAACUGAGAGUUUUAUUCAGGCUCAAUACAAAUGUGCCUGGAACCAGAUUCCCUGUCCAUCCACGCCGGUGUAUCGGGUUAAUUUCAGGCCCAGAUAUACCAUUAAGUUCAAGACAGUCACCCAGCUGGAAUGGAGAUGCUGCCCUGGGUUUAAAGGUGGAGACUGCCAAGAAGGUCCUAAAGAACCAGCAAAAACUCUCCCCACACCUGCUCGGCCCCGGAAUACCAUGAAGAAAGCCACAGAUACCGAACCAAAGCCCAUCACAGAACCAAAGAAAACAAGUGAACCAAAGCACCCCACAGAACCAAGGCAAACAGCAAGCCCAAAGCCAGGCCUGCAGGAACAGCAGGACAAGAAAAUACAGGUACUGGAGGACAAAGUUUCUCGUCUUACAAGGACAGUCCUUGACCUUCAGUCCUCCAUCGCAGGAGUAAAUGAAAACUUAAAACAUGCUGUUCAAGACGAUGCCAGCAAAAUGCUGGCAUCAUGGCUUAACAGUCUCCAUAACCCACCAGGGCCAGACAGUGUCGUUGGUGGCGAAACAGAAACAGUUCAGCUUCCUGGGCUCCUCGGUGGUAAGGAAUCAGGAAUGAAGGACAUUAAGUCUGAGUUGGCUGAGGUUAAGGAUGUAUUGAAGACAAAGAGUGACAAGCUGGAGGAGCUGGAUGGGAAAGUGAAGGGUUGUGAAGGACAGCUCAAACAGCUUCAGGAAGCUGCCCAGGGGCCUACGGUGACCAUCCCCACCAACGAGUUCUACCAAGCUUAUGUAGAUAGCAAAUUUGAGGCCCUGAAGGAGGAGCUCAUGGAGGGAAUAGACAGGAAAAUGGCGGACCUGAAAAACUCCUGUGAAUAUAAAUUGACUGGUCUCCAACAACAGUGUGAUGACUAUGGAAGUAGCUACUUGGGCAUGAUAGAACUUAUUGGAGAAAAGGAAACAAGUCUAAGAAAGGAAAUAAAUGACCUUCGAGCUCAGAUACAGACUCCAUCAAAGCAGCCAGAUUGCUGUAACCAUGAUAAAACUGUUGACUUUGGGCAACAGAUUAAGGAUUUAGACCAGAAAAUUGAGAGGGUUGCAGAAGCCACCAGAAUGCUAAAUGGGAGGCUAGAUAAUGAAUUUGACCAUCUCACUGUGCCAGAACCAGAUGAGAGUUUUGAUGAAAGAUGGAAUGAGUUGGAUGCAAGGAUCAAUGUGACAGAGAAGAAUGCAGAAGAACAUUGUUUUUACAUCGAGGAAACUCUGCGUGGUACUAUUAAUGGUGAGGUGGAUGACUUGAAGCAACUUUUGGAUCAGAAAAUACAGUCCCUGGAGGACCGUCUAGGUAGCAGUCUCCUAGAGAUUGCUAAUGGCACUGAUGUAAAAGUCAUUAACCUGGAGUCAGUCUUGCCAGGAUCUGGCAAUGGUCAGGUUACUACUGAACUUAAUCAUCUGAAAAAUAAAAUCCAAGAUGUGGAGAACCUUUGUCUGCAGAACCUCCAAGGGUCUCAGGUCGCAGAAGACACUGAUUCCAAAAAGCGUAGUGAACAGAAGACGGAUGACACUUCUGACCUUCUGAAGGCUCUGAAUGACACCAUGUAUAGGAAGUUCAGAGAAGUGGAAUUUAAUAUCCAGAAAGUUCAAGUAGAUUUGAGUUUAAUCUUUUCUCAUCUGAAUGACACUGAAAAAGACAUAAAAAAUCUUGAGGGUGGUUUGAACAACUGCCAAGAGCAACUUGCUGGUGCCAUUUCUACAUGCAGAAAAGCAGAAGACAGUGUUUCCAGGAGGCUGGAUGAGCUAGAAAGGACCACUGAGAAUCCCACUCCUUCCCAGGCCCCAUCUGGAAAUUGCUGUCGGGAUCUGGAGGUGAGGUUACAGGGGCUACAAAAGCAAGUCCUUUCAGACCUUGACAUCUGUAAGGAAAGUGCUCAGGGUGUCCAGAGGGAAAUCGUGGUUGUCGGAGGCAGAGUGUCUCAUGUUGAGAAAGCUUGCAGCAAAUUGGACUCCAUCUCUGGGAGCCUACACAGGAUAAAGGAAGGGCUGAACAAGCAUGUCACCAACCUUUGGAACUGUGUCAGUCAAAUGAAUGGGACUAUUGUAGCCCAUUCCAAAGACAUAAACAGCCUCAAAAAUUCUGUCCAGCAGAUCACUGGUCAUGUCUUCCAAAUUACCACAGACCUUCAGGAUCUGAUGAAAGGUCAACCAGCAGCAUCGGAAGCCCCUUCAGAAAUACCCCAGCUGAUACCACAAUAUCCAGGAAGCUCCCCUGACCCAUCACAACCAGAAGUUCCUAAAGAAUCAUCACACCCAAAGACACCCCAGCAGCUUCCAGAUUCAAAAGGCCCCCUGCCUCCCCAGACUCCUGGGAAACCCUUCCAACCUGGAAUACCUCAGCAGCCUUCACAACCAAAGAUUCCUCUCCAGCCGUCACCUCCAGAAAAGAUGCCACCCCAUUCAGAGUUACCUGGGUGGACAGGUUUGCCUUUCCUACCAGGAUCUACAGGGGUCAUCAUGGAGACAGGGGAAGCUGGUCCUCCUGGGAAAAUGGUAAUGUCAGGAAGAGGCUUGCCCAAUGGUGUAGAUGGCCAGGACAGUCGGUGGCCCAUCCCAAGCUCUGAAGGAUAUGCUGGAGCACCAGGAUACCCUAAACCACCGUCUCCUGUGGAAUCACAAGGAAUUCCUACUGCUUCUCUGGUGUCAUUCUCGGCCGGUCUGACUCAGAAACCUUUCCCCAGUGAAGCGGGUGUGGUCCUCUUCAACAAAGUCCUCGUGAACGAUGGGGACUUUUACAACCCAAACACUGGGAUCUUUACUGCCCCUUAUGACGGUCGCUACCUGAUCACUGCCAUCCUUACUCCUGAGAGAGAUGAAUACGUGGAAGCCGUCUUGUCUGUUUCCAAUGCCAGCGUGGCCCAGCUGCACACAGCUGGAUACAGAAGAGAGCUCUUGGAGUAUCACAGACCCCGAGGGGGAUUACACACCUGUGGGGGAACAGGGACUUUCCACCUCAUCGUCCACUUGAAAGCAGGAGAUGAGGUGAACAUCGUGGUGACCGGGGGCAGGCUGGCCCACACAGACUUUGAUGAAAUGUACUCCACAUUCAGUGGGGUUUUCCUCUAUCCUUUCCUUUCCCACAUCUAGACUGGCUUAGAACGACAAGGAAAGGAUGAAGGAAGUUGUAAUAAACUCUGAAGCUUUAAUAUAUUCAGUCGAUGUAUGUAAUUGAAAUGUCUUUCAUGACCCCAUGCCACAUCUCCCCCUCUGGCUCCACCAAAGGAAUGUUGAGAUUUUUAAGACCACCACUUCUGGUUUCAAAGCCAGGCAACCCAACAGGUCUCCCAUGCACACACACAGCCACUAACUCACGCUGACUUUUGUUCUAUUCCUCCAACCGAGCACCUUGAAAAUCUACCAUAUUCCUCAUGCUUAUGACUUGGAACCUCAUCUUCCCUGAUACCAAAGCAUUUGCCCUCAGUGGCUGUAUUUAUCAGACCUUCUUGCGUCUCCCUAGCCAAGACUCCUGGUUGCUUGAGUCAUUCCAUACUCCAUGCUGCUGGAGACAGGAAUUGAUCCCGAGGCGGUAGAUGGGAUGCUUCCUCCUAAGAGAAGGAACAGCUGCUUUUCGCUUCCCAGGCGCUCCUUAUUGUCUGAAAGCUGGUUUUAGAGCACAGUCUUUAAGACUAUCGAGUCUCUUCCAAAGAGCAGAAGCAGAUGGAAUUGUCCUCCGUUAGCAGAGGGAGGAGCGGCCCCUCUGGAAGUGUCACAGCACGGGUGCCUUUACUCUCUAUCACAAAUGGGGAAAGUUGAAACACUGGUGUCUGUCUGUGAUACAAUCAGAGGAACAGGAUCCCUGGGGUUUGGAAAAUAUUCUUUUUUACGACUUCCACCUGAAACUAGGAGAUUUUGGACAAGUCACCCUGCCCCUCUCUUCUGGGCUUGUUUCCUCAGCUGACUAUGGGGAAUACUAAAGACUAAAAAGUGUUUGUGAAACUAGCUGGGCUCCUCAGAUGACGUGUACAUUGUGAGUGCAAAGACAAGGAGUACCGAUAAUAAAAAAAAGGUCAAAAUCAUGUGAUGG